UUUCGCCUGUUUUCUCUGUAGCUUGUCCCAUCAUCAAAUCAACAUGCCAAACAAACAGAGCAAGCAUGUAAAAAUAGACACCAAUUUUUUUAAGAAAAAACACACUAAUUACUAAUUUAUUUAUUUUCUCCCCUUUCGUUUUCUGCAAUCAAUCCUUCUCAACCCUCUAUGUUCUUCUUCCCCAGAGUCUACUAUUUCAAGGAAAUUUACUGGUUUGAGCUUGCUUCUUCGUUGUUGAUGCAAAGUUAGCGGUAGCUGGGGAUUCUUCAAUGUGGGUUACUCUUGAAUUGUAAUGAAAGAAUUGGGUUUGGUUUGAAGGACGGGAUUUUGGAGGAAUUUACAACCACUUAAUUGGUUAAGGACUAGAGACUGGACGAGUGCUAAAGUGCAGUCUUGGUAAAUUGGCGAAGUUUCCCGCCCCGGUGCUAAGAAUGCUUGAAUCAUCAUCCACUCAAGAGAAUAGGAAAUCAGAUGGAAGUACAAGUUUGGAUGAUCCGGAUGGUAUAAUAUCAAGGGUUGCUAAGCUUGUUGAACAGCUUCAUGCGAACAAAUCUUCACCACUGGAGAAAGAACUUAUUACAACUAGAUUGCUUGGUAUUACCAAGGCAAGGAAGGAAGCACGAACUCUUAUUGGCUCACAUGCUCAAGCAAUGCCAUUAUUUAUAUCUAUUUUGCGGAGCGGCACCCCUGUAUCAAAAGUAAAUGUUGCUACAAUAUUGAGUAUACUGUGCAAAGAUGAAGAUAUGCGAUUGAAGGUGCUUCUUGGCGGAUGCGUUCCCCCCCUACUCUCUCUAUUAAAGUCGGAAUCAUUUGAGGCAAGGAAGGCUGCAGCAGAGGCUAUCUAUGUAGUUUCAGCAGUUGCACUUUUGGAUGAUCAUGUAGGAACGAAAAUAUUUACUAUAGAAGGGGUAGUACCGGCUUUGUGGGAGCAGCUAAAGCCCUGUAACAAAACAGACAAAGUUGUGGAAGGGUUUGUUACUGGGGCUUUAAGAAAUCUAUGCAGUGAUAAAGAUGUAUUCUGGAGAGCAACACUCGAGGCUGGAGGAGUGAAUGUAAUUGUAGGACUUCUUUCGUCUAGCAAUGAUGUUGCUCAGUCAAAUGCAGCUUCUCUAUUGUCCCGCCUACUGAUUGCCUACAGUGAUAGCAUACCUAAAAUAAUUGAUUCUGGAGUCAUAAGAGCUUUGUUGAGAUUAUUGGGCAAGGAAAACAAUAUUUCUGCUCGUGCAAGUGCUGCUGAUGCAUUGGAGGUUAUCACUUUGAAGUCAACUGAGGCUAAAAAAGCUGUUAUAGAUGAAGAAGGUGUCCCACUUCUCAUUAGAGCUGUGGUUGCCCCUUCAAAAGAGUGUAUGCAAGGAGAGGGUGCCCAGGUCCUUCAGGUCCGUGCAGCACAAGCAUUAGCUAAUGCUUGUGGCGGAAUAUCUUCUUUAAUACUUUAUCUUGGGGAACUGUGCCAGUCGCCAGGCUCUGCUGCUCCAAUUGCUGAUAUAAUCGGGACACUUGCUUAUUUAUUGAUGAUCUAUGAGCAGAAAUAUGACACUGAAGAAGAUUCAUUUGACCCAAAAAAAAUUGAAAACAUUCUAACGCUCCUUUUAAAGCCGCUUGAUAAUAAGCUUGUUCGGGAGUGUGUUCUCGAGGCUAUGGCCAGCCUGUAUGAAAAUACCUUUCUUUCAAGAACUAUUGAGCAACCACACUCUAAAAGGCUUUUGAUUGGACUCAUAACAAAUGCUGUUGAUGAUAUUCAGGAUUCUUUAAUUCUCUCUUUGAUAAGCAUAUGCUGUGAUGGAAUUGACAUCUGGGAAGCCAUUGGUAAAAGAGAUGGAAUUCAGUUACUUGUUUCACAACUGGGCUUAUCUAGUGAGCAAAAUCAGGAAUAUGCGGUUGGUAUGCUUGCAGUCCUCUCUGACCAAGUUGAUGAGAGCAAGUGGGCGAUUACCGCUGCUGGUGGGAUUCCUCCACUCGUCCAGCUGCUAGAAUUGGGAUCCGAAAAGGCAAGGGAGGACUCGGCUCAUAUUUUAUGGAAUUUAUGUUGUCACAGUGAAGACAUCUGUGAAUGUGUUGAAAGUGCAGGAGCUAUUUCGUCAUUCUUGUGGGUUCUAAAAAAUGGUGGACCAGGGGGACAGGAAGCAUCAGCAAAGGCUUUAACAAAAAUUAUACGUGUAGCUGAUUCUCCCACAAUUAAUCAAUUAUUAGCUUUACUACAAGAAGAGCCUCCAAACUCAAAGGUUUAUGUAAUCAAAGUUCUUGGUCAUGUACUGGCUAUGGCAUCGCAAAGGGACCUGGUAGACAAAGAAGCUGCUGCUAAUAAAGGACUGAGAUCACUUGUCCAGGUUCUUCAUUCUUCAGACGAGGAGACCCAAGGGUAUGCAGCCUCUGUCUUGGCUGAUCUUUUUAGCAGCCGACAAGAUAUAUGUAAUACUCUUGCAAUGGAUGAAGUAGUGAAUCCUUGCAUGAAGCUUCUGAAUAGCAAGACUCAUUUUAUUGCAGCCGAAUCUGCACGCACUUUGGGUCGUCUUAUUCGUCCGAUCAAGGCUAAGUCUAGGAACAAGAUGUUUCCUAUUGCUGAAGGAAAUGUUAAACCCCUCAUAAAGUUAGCAAAAAACUCUUUUAUUGCUGCUGCAGAGACUGCUGUGGCUGCGUUGGCCAAUCUUUUAUCUGAUCCGCAGAUAGCAGCAGCAGCACUAGCAGAAGAUGUUGUGUCAGCAUUGAUAAGAGUCCUGAUUAAUGGAAGUUUGGAAGGUAAGAAAAGUGCUUCACGUGCCCUUCUCCAGUUACUAAGGCAUUUUCCAGUCUGUGAUGUACUCAAAGAUAGUGCUCAAUGUCGCUCAACUGUUCUUGAAAUUGUUAGUUCCUUGAAGGAAAUGGAUAUGAAAUUGAAUGAAGCUGCAGAGUCUUUAGAAGUAGUUGCACUUAUUUUCAGGACAAAACAGAGUGGAAACUUGGGUUUCCCUCCAUGGACUGCCCUUGCAGAGGUUCCAUCAAACUUAGACCCUCUUGUGCGCUGCCUGGCUGAUGGAAGAUCUUCAGUGCAAGAUAAGGCAAUUGAAAUUUUAUCUAGACUAUGCGCAGACCAUCCAGCUCUUCUAGGUAACUCUCUGGUUGCAAAUUCAAGAUCAAUUGCUUCACUGGCUAAAAGGAUAAUUAAGUCUACCUGUUUAGAAGUGAGAGUUGGAGGGACUGCGUUACUGAUUUCUGCCGCUAAAGAACGUAAAAGCAAUACAAUUGAUGCACUUUUUGCAUCAGGAUAUUUAAUGCCAUUUGUAUAUGCGUUAGUAGAGAUGACAAGGAGAAAUUCUGGUUGUCAUUCUUUAGAAAUUGAAGUUGCAACUCCUAGAGGUUCUACAGAGAAACCUCCCUUCCAAGAAGCCGAUGAUUUUGAAAUUCCUGAUCCAGCCAUUAUUUUGGGUGGUACUGCAGCCUUGUGGUUGCUAUCCAUUAUAUCUUCCUAUCACGUCAAAAACAAGAAGCUUGUAGUUGAAGCUGGUGGGCUUGAGGCACUUUCUGAAAAGCUUGCACAUUAUACUGCCAGUCCCCAGGCAGCUUCGGAGGAUAGUGAGGGUAUAUGGAUAAGUGCCCUUCUCAUGGCCACAUUAUUCCAGGAUGCGAGUGUUGUUUCAUCGCCUGCCACUUUGCACAUCAUACCAUCACUUUCUGUCCUUCUAGAAUCCGAUGAAGUGAUUGACAAAUAUUUUGCAGCCCAAGCAAUCGCUAGUAUUGUUUGUAAUGGAGACAAGGUUUCAAAACUUGCUGUUGCAAAUUCGGGAGUAAUUGUGCGGUUGAUUAAUAUGAUUGGUUUUGUUGAAUUAGAUAUGCCCAAUCUUGUUGCUUUGUCUGAAGAAUUCAGUUUGGUUCUAAACCCUGAUCAAGUUGUUUUAAAUUGCAUAUUUGAACUUGAAGAUGUCAGAGCUGGUUCCACAGCACGCAAGACUAUCCCGUUGCUGGUGGAUCUUUUGAGACCAAUGCCAGAUAGACCUGGGGCUUCUCAAUUUUCGAUUCAUCUCAUGACUCGUAUUGCAGAAGGAAGUGAUGCAAACAAAUUAUUAAUGGCUGAAGCUGGAGCACUAGAUGCUUUGACAAAAUAUCUCUCACUGAGCCCUCAAGAUUCAGUCGAGAGCAUGUUGUCUGAGCUGUUGAGAAUAUUGUUUAGCAAUCAUGAAAUUCUUCGAUAUGAAGCUGCAAUUAGCUCCGGGAAUGAGCUUAUUGCUGUUCUGCGAUUCGGUUCAAGAAGUUCCAGGUUUAGUGCUGCUAGGGCUCUUAAUGAAUUAUUAAAUGCUGAGAACAUCAGAAACUCUGAAUUGGCUGUGCAUGCCGUUCAACCGUUGAUCGACCUGCUGAAUGUCGGGUUAGAGAGUGAGCAACAUGUUGCUCUCCUCUCAUUGAUUAAGUUGACUUCUGGAGAUUCAUCUAGAUCUGCUUUAUUGUCUUGUGUAGAAGUAAAUGCACUUGAGACCUUAUACAGAAUACUCUCUUCCAACUCGGCGACAGAAUUUAAGACCAAUGCUGCAGAACUUUGCUUUGUAUUAUUUGGUAGUUCAAGUAUCAGAGCAAUGCCAAUUGCUUCUAAAUGCAUGGAGCCUCUCAUACUCCUUAUGCGAUCUGAUAUCGAUACAGCAGUGGAAGCUGGUGUUUGUGCUCUAGAGAGACUGUUAGAUGAUGAGCAUAAUGUGGAACUUGCAGCAGGUUGUGAUCUUCUCGAUCUUCUUGUCAGUCUGGUCUCAGGCUCAAAUAGUCGGCUUAUUGAAGCAAGCAUAUCUGUUCUCAUUCGACUGGGAAAAGAUAAAACUCCAUGCAAAUUGGAUAUUGUCGAAGCUGGGGUGAUUGAGAAUUGUCUCUUACUAGUUCCUAGUGCGCCUAGUUCACUAUGUUCUACAAUCGCUGAACUUUUCCGAAUCUUGACAAAUUGUAGUACCAUAGCUAAAAGUACUAGUGCUGCAAAAAUUGUUAAGCCUCUCUUUAUACUAUUGCUUCGUCCGGAUUUUAGUUUAUGGGGGCAACACAGUGCCCUGCAAGCACUCGUGAAUAUCUUGGAGAAACCACAAAGCCUUGACAUUUUAAAACUUACUCCUAGUGAAGUAAUUGAACCUUUAUUGUCCUUUCUAGAAUCCCCAUCUCAAGCAAUUCAGCAACUUGGUACUGAGCUGCUCUCCCAUCUGCUUGCACAGGAGCAUUUUCAGCAAGACAUAACGACAAAAAACGCAAUUAUUCCUCUUGUGCAUCUAGCAGGAACUGGAAUCCUAAACUUACAGGAAACAGCAAUAAAAGCUUUGGAAAAUCUUUCUCUAAUCUGGCCAAAGGCCCUCGCUGAAGCUGGGGGUAUACUUCAGCUUGCAAAGGUUAUCAUUCAAGAUGAUCCUCAACCGUCUCAUGCAUUGUGGGAAUCAGCUGCAUCGGUUCUGUCCAAUCUGUUAAAUUUUGAUGCUGAUUACUACUCUAGGGUACCUCUAGUAGUUCUUGUAAAGAUGUUGCUCUCAAGCUCAGAUAGCACUGUGUCCAUGGCACUUCGUGCACUUGUUUUUAGUGAGAAAAAUGAACCUUCUUCUGGUGAACUGAUGGCUGAAGCCGGUGCAGUUGAUGCUCUAGUUGACUUAUUAAGAUCUCAUCGAUGUGAGGACACCUCUGGGAGGCUACUUGAAGCUCUAUUCAACAAUGUGAGAAUACGUGAGAUGAAGGUGUGCAAGUAUGCAGUAGCUCCUCUGGCACAGUACCUGUUAGAUCCCCAAACUAGAUCACAGUCAGGUAGGCUUCUUGUAGCUCUUGCUCUCGGUGAUCUGUCACAGCAUGAAGCACUUGCCAGAGGCAGCGAUGCAGUUUGCGCAUGUCGUGCUCUGGUAAAUUUGCUUGAAGAUCAGAUAACAGAUGAAUUGAAAAUGGUGGCAAUUUGUGCAUUGCAAAAUUUCGUCACGCAUAGCAGAACUAAUAGGCGAGCGGUUGCAGAAGCAGGUGGAUUAUUAGUAAUCCAGGAAAUGUUAUUAGCUCCUAGCCCGGAUGUUGCUGCACAGGCAGCAGUGCUAAUCAAUAUUCUAUUCUCUAGUCACACACUUCAAGAAUAUGUAUCAAAUGAGCUCAUCAGAUCUCUGACUGCUGCAUUAGAGAAAGAAUUGUGGUCUGUGGCAACUAUUAAUAUACAGAUUUUGAAAACCAUAAAUGUCAUCUUCUCCAACUUUCCUAAGCUUCAUGUGUCUGAAGCAGCUACACUAUGUAUUCCCCACCUGAUAGCAGCACUAAAAUCUGGUAGUGAGGUUGCCCAAGAUUAUGCUUUAAACUCCCUAUGUCUGUUGAAAGAUUCAUGGUCCAGCAUGUCAGUAGAUGUUUCAAAUUCUCAGGCAACAGUGGCGGCAGAAGCUAUUCCUGUUCUUCAAAUGCUUCUGAAAACCAGUCCACCAAGUCUUCAUGAGAGAGCAGACAACCUUUUGCAUAGCUUACCAGGUUGCUUGACUGUCACCAUUGAACGAGCAAACAAUUUAAGACAGAUUCUUGGUGGAACAAAUGCUUUUUGUCGGCUAAUGAUAGGCAAUGGUCCUCCCCAGCAAACCAAGAUAAUCUACAACAGCACCUCUCCACAAUGGAACCAAGGUUUUAUGUGGUCGUUUGAUGUACCCCCAAGGGGACAGAAAUUGCAAAUUGUUUGCAAAAGCAGAAGCACAUUCGUAAAGACGACUCUAGGGAGACUGAUGAUACAAAUUGACAGAGUGGUAAGUGAAGGAGUAUAUAGUGGUUCGUUUAGCCUCAGCCAUGGUAGCCACAAGGAACGAUCCUCGCGAACACUUGAAAUUUCAAUUACAUGGUCCAAUGGGAUGCCGGCCGACAAUGAGCUGGACUGACCAUUUUUUUGUAGUUUUAUCUGUAUAUGUUGCUUUGUAUUCGAAAAUUAUUGUAAAAUAUAGUAAAUAGAAAUGGUUCCCAGAAAGAUGGGAAUCUUGAGCUUUGUAAAGUAUAUUGUAUAGGGCAGAUUGUAGAUGAUAGAUUUCUGGUUAUAAUAACAUUUUUGGAGAGAGAAAUAUUUUCUCCUUUCUUUUGAACAAACAAUGAUAGAAAUUUAAAUACAA